AGGCGCUUUUAGACCGAUCGAUUUUCCUUUUUUUUAAUUUUUUCAUCGUCACAAAGGGAAUUCUUAUUCGUUGUUCUUGUUGUUGUUGUUGUUUAGCAUUUCACUUUCUCGAUAUGCUUGGGAUUCUUGUACACAACCGGCAAUUCGAAGUGCUUUUCCUUUCUUAUCUUUGGGGAUUGAAUGAUUUUUUGGAAUUGAGCUUGAUUUCUUUCGUUGUAAUCAUAACAUCUCUUUCUGCGGAUCUUUGCUAAUACGUUUUGGAAUUGGGCUUUAAUCCUAUUGAGGAAGAUGUCUUCUCCAAGCAAGCGAAGAGAUAUGGAUGUAAUGAAGUUGAUGAUGAGUGACUAUGCAGUGGAGACUAUCAAUGAUGGAAUUAACGAAUUCAACGUGGAAUUUCAUGGUCCAAAAGAAAGCCUUUAUGAAGGUGGAGUGUGGAAAAUCCGUGUCGAGCUGCCAGAUGCCUAUCCAUACAAGUCCCCUUCCAUUGGUUUUAUGAACAAAAUAUUCCACCCAAAUGUUGAUGAACUGUCUGGUUCUGUUUGCUUGGAUGUUAUCAAUCAAUCCUGGAGUCCAAUGUUCGAUCUCUUGAAUGUCUUUGAAGUUUUCCUUCCACAGCUAUUACUUUACCCAAAUCCUACAGACCCAUUGAAUGGUGAUGCGGCAUCACUGUUGAUGAAGGACAAACAACAAUAUGAACAAAAAGUUAAAGAGUACUGUGAGCGUUAUGCGAAGAGGGCGAACAUCGGCAAUGCUCCUGCAGAAGACAGUAGUGAUGAAGACAUUAGCGACAGCCAAAGCAUAGCGUCAAGUGAUGAUGACAUUGCGGGACACAGCGAUCCCUGAUGACCUUCCGGGGCUCACAAUCAAUCACCUUUGAUCAAAAUCCCAUUAGUCCACAUUUACUGCUGUCUUAUUUUCAUUUGUAUAACUAUACGUACUCAAUUUGUCUGUAAAAGUGCAAGUAGGGGGGUUUGCGUCCAAAUGUUCCAUGCAAUGCAAUCCAACCAUGCAAAUGUAUGCAAGAAACAAAAGAAAGAAAAUGGAAAGGAAGUGGCUAAGUAACUCUUAGCAAAUUGUCUAAA